UUAGUUGACUGGGAUUCUGUUCAACAUAGAGAGAGCCCGGACUGUGGCUUAGACAGCAAAGCGAAUCCCGCCACAUCAGAACAUCCUGAACACCAGGAGAGUCACAAGACGAAGACGUCUCACUGCUGCUCGGUGUGUGGCAGAGAGUGCUACAAGCUCUCGGUACUGCAGAUCCACAUGAGAAUCCACACGGGAGAGAAGCCGUACCCCUGCCCCGACUGUGGCAAGAAGUUCGCUCACCUGGGAGCCAUGAGACGACACCUCCUCACACACACGGGAGAGAAGCCUUACUCCUGCUCUGUGUGUGGGAAGAGUUUCACCCAAUCAGGACAUCUGAGGGAGCACCAGCAGUCUCACAGUGGAGAGAAGCCUCACCUGUGUCUGGUCUGUGGGAGAGGCUUCUCUAGAGCGUCAGACCUCCGGAUCCACCACAGAGUUCACACAGGGGAGAGGCCGUACAGCUGUGACUACUGUGGGAAGAGAUACGGCCGCUGUCAGAAGCUACGGGCUCACCAACGGACACACCACAGUGACAGGACGCACGCUGAUACUGGAGAGGAGACGGAGUGAAUGACCACGAGGCUUUGAACAUAAGACGUGAUAAGCUUAGUAUUCCUACAGGUGAUGUUAGCCGGCUGGACAACAACGAUGAUACACGUUGAUCGUCAUCAGACAGAGGAACAAUACACUCCAUUGGAAUAGACAUGGUUCUAGAAU